UACUGCACCCUGGAAAGACCACCUCCUUUCUAGAUCUUCUCCACAGCUCUCUGCUUUCUAAUUCCCGUAAAAGAUCAAGAUUUCCAUCUGCAGAAUUUUUUUCUACAUCUCUCUCCCCUGGCCUCCAGUCCAUGAGUGGUGUCCCCUGUGUGUCACACCUCCUCCUCCCUCUCCCUCCUGUAGGGGCAGGGUUCCUUUACUCACACUCAUCUCUCUCUCUUCCCCCCACCUCUGCAUCUCUCCUCCUCCUCUUCCCUCCUUCUGUCUCCCUUCCACACAUCUCUGGCCUCCUCUACAUCAGGGAGUGGAUUCCAGCUACAUCUCAGUGACAAGGACCUCUCCCCGAGCAGUGUCACUCAGCAGGUGCUGGCAGAAGCGAGAGACCAUAGCCAUCACCACCACAGGAGGACGGACCUUGAGCUUUUAUCUGGGAUAGGUGGCUAUUAAAUGGCUGAUAAACAAAUCAGUUUGCCCGCCAAGCUUAUAAAUGGAGGAAUAGCCGGACUAAUUGGCGUCACUUGCGUCUUUCCCAUUGACCUCGCCAAGACCCGACUACAAAACCAGCAAAAUGGCCAAAGAAUGUACACCAGCAUGUCAGACUGCCUUAUUAAGACUAUACGCUCAGAGGGAUACUUCGGCAUGUAUAGAGGUGCUGCUGUAAACUUAACUCUUGUUACACCAGAAAAAGCUAUUAAAUUAGCUGCUAAUGAUUUCUUCAGGCAUGCGCUGUCCAAAGAUGGGAAGAAGUUGACGUUGAUAAAGGAGAUGCUUGCUGGUUGUGGUGCAGGAACAUGUCAAGUUAUAGUCACUACGCCUAUGGAAAUGCUGAAAAUCCAGCUACAGGAUGCUGGAAGACUGGCUGCCCAGAAAAAGCUCCUGGCCAGUCAGGGUGGACUGGAUGGCGCAGCGGUGGAGAGCAGCUCAGUGCGACCCACUGCCAUGGCGAUUUCCAAGGAACUUCUGAAAAGCAAAGGCAUUGCUGGACUGUAUAAAGGCUUGGGAGCCACUCUACUAAGGGAUGUGCCCUUCUCAAUUAUUUAUUUCCCUAUGUUCGCCAACUUGAACAAACUUGGUCAGAAGACGCCGGAUGAGAAGUCGCCCUUCUUUGUGUCAUUCCUUGCAGGCUGUGCAGCAGGGAGCACUGCCGCCGUUGCUGUUAACCCUUGUGAUGUGAUAAAGACAAGACUGCAGUCAUUACAGAGGGGUGUUAAUGAGGAUACAUACUCAGGAAUCAUAGACUGUGCCAGGAAGAUCUGGAAGAUCGAGGGGCCUGCUGCUUUCCUGAAGGGUGCAUACUGCAGAGCUUUGGUCAUUGCUCCACUUUUUGGAAUUGCACAAGUCAUUUAUUUUGUAGGAAUUGGUGAAUAUAUUCUGAGCUUUUUACCCUCCAAGCGCGAUUAAUGACAACCAUCAAAUUGCACCCCCUAUACUAGCUCCCUCACACUUUGGCUCUUCUUGCCAAUCCUUUCAUGGAUUCUUUCUGCCACUGCCUAUUUAUUGGUCAUGGGUUUACACAAUGGAAGAGCUGCUUAUACCAGCGAUGUGGUAUGGUCCAAAAGUGCUAAGGUUACUUGUAGAACCUUUCAGCAGAAUACCAAGCUUUCCUUUACUUGAAGGCAUGAAACAAUCAUACCGAAAUGGGCAAGACGGUAACAAAUCAAAAGAAUCCGCUUCAGGCAAAUUUAACUCACAACUUGCUGGAACAGAUUAUGAAGGUCUUCGUUUCAGAAAGCGCAAUCAUAUCAUUAGUGUUUGCUCAGCUGCAUGGACCUGCAACACACUGGGCUUGUGGCCAUUUUUAUAUUUUAAUUUCUAGAAUGUAUAUUUAUUAGUAAUAUUGAAUGUCCGAACGUAUGUAAGCUCUCAAGGUAAUUACGACUAGAUUCAUUCUAACUUAUUAUAAUUAUCAGAUUACCUGGAAGGUUUAGGUCUGCCGGGUACGUUUUCUCCAGCACUUUGAGAUUGAUCUUUCUCAAAAUAUGAAUUAUCGAAUAUGUAACUCCUUUAGUUUUCUGCCUUCUGAUAUGACUGAUCCCAAAUAUCCAACUUAUAAAAUAUAUAACAAUGUCCAAAAGUGGGAAAUAUAUAGAUAGAUAUACUUGGUUGGGUGGAACAACUGGCCGGGACUUUGUAAAAUUUGUGAGUGUUUUUGUGGCAAUCCUGCUAUGGCUUUUCGGUUCCUAAAACUGGCUCUUUCAGCUCUUAUAUCUAUAUCUAUAGGCUGCUCCACGUUCUGAGAGUACAAGAAGGGAUGCUGUACGGGACCAUUUACAUCUUUAUAGGUUAGAGUUCCACGGUGGCUUUUGGUUGUGAUAAAAUUGAAGGAAACAUCAAAUUUUUUACUCCCAUAGUGAAACAUCGAGUUCCCUAGAUGAUUGUGGCAACCUGAGGUUUUACCACAACCCUCUUGUCAUUAUAAAUCUAUAUAGGAGAUGUGUCUCUCAAUGAGAGCGAGUCUGAUGGACAGCUUCUUCUAACCUCACUGAUUGACUGCCUGCUCUAAGUACAUAGUCAUGUAGAGCAGGCUGAGGGGAAAGAAGCAACACCCUGGACCCACUUUUGGGGAAAAGCACAGCUCCAUAUACAGGUGAAACUCGAAAAAUUUGAAUAUCGUGCAAAGUUCAUUUAUUUCAGUAAUGCAACUUAUAAGGUGAAACUAACACAUGAGAUAGACUCAUUACAUGCAA